AUGGUAUUAAUAAAUGGCAUUAAAUAUGCGUGUGAACGUUGUAUUAGAGGUCAUAGAGUUACAACAUGUAACCAUACAGAUCAACCAUUAAUGAUGAUAAAACCAAAAGGUAGACCUUCAACAACAUGUUCAUAUUGUAAAGAAUUAAGAAAAAGUAAAGGUAUUAAACCACCUGGUACAUGUACAUGUGGUAGACAAGAAAAGAAACGAUUAGCUCAAAAGGCUAAAGAAGAAGCAAGAGCUAAAGCAAAGGAAUUUGCUAGUAAAAAUUGUACUUGUAAUAAUAAAAUUAAUACUAUUAUUGAUAGUAAUAAUAAUAACGAAUUACUAUCCAAAGAAAAUAUUAUGCAAAAGUGUCCUGUACAUUCAAAAAAAAAUAAAAGAUCAACUUCAACAAAGAGAAAGACUAAUAAUAAUGGAUCUACAACAUCAUCAACUAAUCAUCAUACACAUAAUAAACCGAGAGCAGGAAUAUUUCCAAGAGUUAAUUCAUCUACAUCAUUAGAUAGUAAUCUUUUGUCUGCAAGUAGUAUACUCUCAGAUUCAUCAAACCAUCUUUCAACAAGUUUUAUAGACUCUGAUAUUUUAACAGGAAAAAUUACUAAAGAUUAUCAUCAUGUUCCAUCUUUAGCAUCAAUAUCUUCAUUACAAUCAUCAAAUUCUUUAGAUCAAAAUAUUUCUACCCCGCAAAGCCCACCACUUGGUGCAAUGCAAUUUAAUUUCAUUAGUGGCGGAUUCACUAACAACAAUAAUAACCAUAAUAAUAAUGCUAGUAGUUUACAUAAUGUAUCAAGAAAUUGGGAUAAUUCAAAUGGAAAAAGUCAUAGCAACAAUAAUAGUAAUAGAUCUUCUAGUCAGAUUAAUUUGAAUAUGUUAGCAUCAUCCUCUAAUAAUAGUCAUAUAAAUAUGGCGAAAAGUUAUCAAUCAUCGUUUCAUAUUGGGUCCCCACCAGUUUCAAAUGCAAAUAAAUCAGCAUUGGCAUCACCGCCAUUAAAACCAAAUCCAGGAGCUGUAAUUGUCCCACUCGAGGAAUUUGUCCCUCCUGAUCUUAAUGGUGUUGGAAGAGUUACAGAUUGUAAUUCUUAUGCUAAUGAUUGGUCCUUAAAUGGAGGUGAAAGCGCAUCCUUUAAAGAAUAUGUAUCACAACCUGAUUCAAGAAAGAGUAGUAUUGUUCCUUCUGUUACAAGUAAUGAUGCUGAUGAUUAUAGUAUCCAUCAAUAUGGUAAAGCAUUACCUGAUAGACAGCAUCAGGCAAGUAAUGGGUUGUUAGAUAUGUUCCUCGAUUCUUCAUCUAUAUCGACAUUAUCAAAGGCCAAUAUUCUCUUACAGGAUAAACACAGUGGUAACCAUAAUGAAAAGGGGAAACUUUAUACCGAAUCCUUUUAUCCGAAUGAACGUACAAGAAGUCAAAGAACUGCAGGUGAUAAUGAUAGUGUACGUAGUGUUGAAGUAUUAUCUAUAACACCUAGCUUUAUGGACAUCCCUGGUAAUUAUAUGAAUGCAAAGAGAAAGACCCGUCCAAAUCGGGAUGGAAACAAUAGUGUUGCAUCAUUAUCAACGCAAAACAAACCAAGAUCAUCAAGCAUGGAUAGAAAUCACAGAUACAUCAAGAAUCUUGUAGAUAGCGCAAGUAACCCAGUAGUUGGUGAUGCUAGUGCGAUCUAUGAUGGUUUUGAUGCAAACUCGAACACAAACAUAAACAGAUUUCCAAUAAUGAACAGUAUGAUAAUAGAUGAUAACAACAAUAAUAACAACAACAAUAAUGACAUGUUUAAUCAGAGCAACAACAAUAAUAAUCAAAUCAACUGUAAUAUUAAUAACAUCAACGGUAAUGCAACUGAUAAUAUUGACAAUGUUAAUCCAAAUGACGUAGAUAUGAACAAUUUAUAUUCUUCUGAAGCAUCACCAGUAAAUACUUUACAAUUAAGCUCGCCACCUAGUCAAUUACUUUCUGAACAAGGAUUUGCAGAUUUGGAUAAUUUUUUAUCAACUCUCUAA